AUGGUUAAACAAGAACAUCAAAAGACAAGAAAACUACUAAUGACCAUUUUAGUUUUGAUACCAACAUUCAUACUCAUAGCAAUUUCCUUAUACAAUUACAAUCAACAUUCAUUUUUUAGAGUUAACAUUUCCAAUUUAUCCAGAUCAGAUCCAUACCUUUCAAUACAAAUAGAUGAUCCACUUUCAGAUAAAAUAGGCCAACCGACUCUCAAACCAAACAAGGAUCAUCUUCACAUAGGUUCGACUGCUAUGGUAUCAUCAGAUGUUCCAAUUUGUUCCACCAUGGGAAAGAAUAUAUUGCUCAAUGGUGGUAAUGCAGCAGAUGCUGCUGUUACAGUAGCCUUAUGCAUUGGAUCAAUUAAUUCUCACUCAUCUGGUAUAGGAGGAGGUGCUUUCAUAUUAUCAAAACAUGGAGAUGAUAUCAUAUCAAUAGAUGCUAGAGAAAUGGCACCUAUCAAUUCAGAUAAGGAAAUGUACGACAACGCAAUAUAUUCAAAGAUUGGAGGGUUAGCAAUUGCUGUACCUGGUGAGUUAAAAGGAUUAUAUGAGCUAUUCCAACUACAUGGAAGUGGGAACUUAAGUUGGAAGGAACUUAUUCAACCAGUAAUUGAAUUGAAUGAAAAAGGUUGGAAAUGUUCAAGAAUAUUUGAGGCUGUAACUGCAAAAGAGCACGAUUUAGUUCUUUCAAAAGUUCCACUUCUCAAGUCAUUAUGGGACGACUUUUUAUAUUCAAAAAAUGGGCAACCAGUUCAAGAAGGUGACUGGUUGAAUAGAAAAAAUUAUGCAAACACACUUAUGAUGAUUGCAAAUAAUGGAUCGAGUGACAUAUUUUAUGAUCCAGAAGGUCCUAUAGUGAGAUCUUUAAUUCAAACAGUUAGAAAUUGGGGUGGAGUAAUAGUUCCGAAGGAUUUUGAAAAUUAUCAUACUGUCAUAGAGAAGGCACUAAGUUUGGAUAUUGGAAACUACACAAUCUACACUUCAAACGGAGUGAGUUCUGGUCUCAGUUUACUUGGUGGUUUGAAAUUUUUUAGUCGUAUUUUCAAUAAGUCAGAUUCUGAUUAUUUAUAUUCACAUAAACUUAUUGAGAGUUUCAAAUGGUUAUCAUCAAUACGAACAAGAUUAGGUGAUUCAUCAGACCAAUCUAAAAAUAUAGAUCAUUACUUAUCUGAUCAAUGGAUUGAUGAUAUAUUCGAACAAGGCAAUUAUUCCGAUUCACAUACUUUUGAAUAUCCAAAUUAUAAUCCAUUGUACUGCUUUAAAAACAUUACAGGUACAUCUCAUUUUUCCAUUGUUGAUAAAGAUAACAAUGCAGUUUCAUUAACAACCACUAUCAAUCUUCUUUUUGGAUCAUUAAUUAUUGAUAAAACAACUGGCAUAAUUUUAAAUGAUCAAAUGGAUGAUUUUGCAACUAACUUUUCAAAUGCUUUCAAUUUAACACCAAGUAUGUAUAAUGGAAUAAUACCUGGUAAGAGACCAUUGAGUUCUACAGCUCCAACAAUAAUACUAAAAGACGGAAUUGUUGAUUUCGUGAUUGGAGCUGCUGGUGGAAGUAGAAUCACAACAGCUAUUCUUCAAGCCAUAAUCAGAAUUUAUUAUAUAGGGUUUAAUUUAUUGGAUGCUAUAGCUUUCCCUAGAUUACAUCAUCAAUUGAUUCCUCAAGGUAUUAUGUGUGAGAAUUUAACUGUAUAUAAUGAAGAGAUCAAGGGGAUAGAAAAAGAGUUGAGUAGUAUGGGACAUGAUUUUAUUGAGACUGGUAGUUUAACAGCUAUGAAUGGUAUCAAAAGAGCAAAAGAUGGGUCGUUACAUGGUGUUGCUGAUUAUUGGAGAAAAAGAGGUGAAGCUGAUGGCUAUUGA